CUUUUGAUUCUUACAAUCUAAACACACCAAAAAUGUUCAGCAAAAUCGUAGCCUUCGGCGCCCUCUUGGCUGCUGCCAACGCUGGUCUCUUGGGACAUGGCCACGCUGUGUCUUCUCAGAGCAUCAUCCGUCAUGACGAGAGCCAUGCUGCUCCCCUUCACUACGCGGCUGCUCCCGUAGCUCACUACGCCGCUCCCAUCGCUCACAUUGCCGCUGCUCCCGUCGCUCACUACGCCGCCGCUCCCGUAGCGCACUACGCCGCCCCCGUAGCCCACUACGACGGACACGACACCUACGCUCACCCCAAAUACGACUACUCUUACUCCGUGGCUGACCCUCACACCGGUGACCACAAGUCCCAGCACGAGAGCCGCGACGGAGACGCCGUGCACGGAUACUACUCUCUGGUGCAGCCUGAUGGCUCCGUGCGCAAGGUCGAGUACACCGCUGACGACCACCAUGGUUUCAACGCUGUGGUGCACAACUCCGCCCCCGCCGUCCACCCCGCCCCCGCUCCCGCCCACGGCUACCAUCAUUACUGAACGUUCCUAAUUGAGUGAUUGUUAAUGAAUGUUUGACCUGCAACCUACCUAUUUAUAUUUUUGUAUGAAUGUGAAAUGAUGACUAUAAAAUAUAACUGAAA